AUCGUGCACUUCUGGGCGCCGUGGUGCGAGCCGUGCGCGGCGAUGGACGUGCUGCUGGAGACGCUCGCGAAAAGGCACCCGGACGUGGCGAUCGCGAGGUGCGACGCGGAGGCGGUGGAGGCGGUCGCGGCGCGCGAAAACGUGAGCGCGGUGCCGUUCUUCGUGUUCGCGCGCGAUGGAAGACGCGUGGACGCGGUGGAGGGAGCGGACGCGGCGACGGUGACGAAUAAGACGCGACAGUACUUUCCGGCGAACGCGAACGCGACGACGACGACGAACGCGGCGAUGGCGAAGGCGAGCGGGACGACGGAUUUAAAGACGCGAUUGAAGAGCCUGAUCGAAUCGCAGCCCGUGGUGUUGUUCAUGAAGGGUCACCCCGAAGAGCCGAAGUGUGGGUUCAGUCGUAAAGUCGUCGACGCGUUGGCGGCUGCGAAUGUGAAAUUCGGUUCGUUCAACAUCUUAGCCGACGAGGAGGUGCGGCAAGGGCUGAAAGAACACGCCGAUUGGCCGACGUAUCCGAUGUUGUUCGUCGACGGUGAGUUUGUCGGUGGAUGCGACAUCGUCUUGGAGAUGGCGGAGGCGGGCGAGCUCGCCGAGGCGUGCGCGGCGUCGAACGGCAAAGUGAAGAACGCUCUGGACGAGCGCAUCAAGAGCAUGCUCGGCGCGCAAGACGUCAUCCUGUUCAUGAAGGGAUCGCGCGAGGCGCCGCGAUGCGGCUUUUCCGCAAAAGUCGUCAGCGCGUUGAACGCGACUGGCGUCGACUACGAAACGUUUGACAUUCUCGGCGACGAACCGAUUCGUCAGGGACUCAAGGCGUAUUCCAAUUGGCCCACGUACCCGCAACUGUACUACAAAUCCGAACUCAUCGGCGGAUGCGACAUCAUUCUCGAGCUCGCCGAAUCCGGCGAACUC